GGAGCCAUGACAUUUGGGGAGGCCGGCAAAGAGCAGGCUCGGGUCCACGACCUGAAGGACGUAGAAGCAAUAUUGGACGUCUUUCAGGCGCAUGGCCACUACGAAGUUGAUACUGCUCGAGUCUACUGCGGCGGUACCAGCGAAGAGUAUCUCGGGAAAAUUAAUUGGCAGAAGCGCGGGCUCGUCAUGGAUACGAAGCUGUAUCCCAGCGCCGCAGCUCAAGCUAGGAUGAAGCGGGACGGUAUAUCGGUCAUAACCCAUUCCCCCGAGGACUUGAGGACCCAUCUACUGGCUUCUCUGAAGGCUUUGAACACGGAUCAGAUUGACAUGUGGUACCUUCACGGGCCAGACCGAUCCACUCCGUACGAAGUCACUCUGAAAGCGGUGAACGAUUUGUACAAGGAAGGAUACUUCAAGCGAUUUGGAAUCAGUAAUUAUAUGGCCUGGGAGGUCGCAGAAAUAGUGGGGAUCUGCAAGGCGAACGGAUACAUCCAACCUACAGCGUACCAGGGAAUAUACAAUGCAAUGCACAGGGGCGUCGAGCCAGAAUUGUUCCCCUGCCUCAGAAAGUUUGGCAUCGCAUUCUACGAGUUUAAUCCCUUGGGAGGGGGUUUCUUCACCGGCCGGUACAAAUCCCUCGAUAACCAGGUCGAGCCUGGCUCCCGAUUCGAUCCUGAGAAGGGUCAAGGUCGGAGCUACCGUCAAAGGUACUGGAAGGAGCCGUACUUCAAAGCCCUCGAGUCUGUCGAAGCUGUUGCGACGAAGCAUAACCUGACGCUAGCCGAGAUCGCCCUGCGCUGGGUCUCACACCACAGCCUCAUGAAGCGUGAAUUCGGCGACGCGAUCCUUAUAGGGGCAUCUAGCGUUAAGCAUAUCGAGGAGAACUUGAUCGAUUUAGAGAAGGGUCCACUCCCGGAAGAAGUAUGCCAAGUCCUGGACGACGCCUGGCUCUCGGUCAAAGCCUAUGCGGCUCCGUACUUCCAUUAAUUGGCCCCUAGCUUAUCAUGGCGGCGACGGUGGUAUAAGUACGAUAGUGUAACAACAGUGAUCGCAAAGCACAAACGAACGGCAUGUAAAAUGGGUAUCUCGGUUCACCGUCCGGAUGUCCCAGCACCCGGACUCGCGUGAUGCCCAGACGGAGUAGGUUAAGGAGAGACAAUGGCGAUGUG